GAGGGCUGAUCACGUGAAGGAUGAGUGAAUGGAGUUUGGCAGGGUGCGUUCAACCUUCAACAGUCACUCUGGUGCGCUGUGGCGAAGAACCCGGAGCGUCACUUCUUUUCUGAUGGAGAAGAGCCGUCUGCCUUGGAUCCUCCUCCAAGUCAAGUUUUUCAUCACUGCCUAGAAAUACUUAAUUCGGAAGACUGAUCAGUCCACCUCGAAUGUCUUCCUUUUGCCGGCAGUGGGAGAAACUUAGUGACAUGUAGAAAGGAUUAAGAGUAAAAGGAAAGAAAAGACCAAGGAAGCAAAUGUGGAGACCCUAAAACCAGAAAUAGAAAUAAAGAAGCCAGGAUGAAAGGGAUGGGGAAGACUACAGAAAAUAAAAGCCCAGGGGAAUAAGAGAAGAGAGAGAGAGAGAGAGAGAAAGAGAGAGAGAAAAUAGUGAUUUACUGCUAAGAAAAGUUUCUCUCCUAAGUUCUGUAGGUCAAGAAGUCAGACAAGGCACAGAGCAUGGAAAGGAGGUAGGAGACGCCCAGUGAGCAAUCCUCAAGAAGCAGGAGCUCAGCCCGAUGGGAGUGAAAGUCCACGCCAUCUUGGUCUCUGCCCUGGUCUAUUUCAUCCAGCUUCUUCCUUGGGCAAGAUGUGAAGAGAACUGUGUCAGUCCUGAACAUUGCCUGACCACAGACUGGGUACAUCUCUGGUAUAUAUGGUUGCUGGUGGUCAUCGGAGCGCUGCUUCUCCUGUGUGGCCUGACUUCCGUGUGCUUCCGCUGCUGUCUGAGUCGCCAGCAAAGGGGGGAAGAUGAGGGCCGGCCACCCUACGAAGUGACGGUCAUCGCUUUUGAUCACGAUAGCACUCUCCAGAGCACGAUCACUUCCCUGCAGUCAGUGUUUGGCCCUGCAGCUCGGAGGAUCCUGGCGGUGGCCCACUCCCACAGCUCCCUGGGCCAGCUGGCCUCCUCCGGGGACACCCUCCCUGGGUAUGAGGAAGCUCUUCACAUGAGUCGCUUCACCGUUGCAAGGUGUGGGCAGAAAGCACCUGACCUACCCCCAGUGCCAGAAGAAAGGCAGCUGCCUCCCAUGGAGAAGGAAUCUCCUCAAGUAGAACACUCUUCAAAUUGACGGGAACUUUGGUUUUAUAAAUAGGAUGGGGUAUCCCUACAGUUGGUAAAGAUAGACAAAUGGAGCUUUUUUUAAAUUACCUUUCAGAAGAUUUAGGAUGACCUCUAAACACCAUUCGGUAGGAAAGCUGGAUUCCAAGUCUUCAUUUCCAGCCACAUAUAUAUUCUGGUGUGGAAUGCUCUAAUCAGGAACUUCCAUUCUUUAUCCAAUACCAAAAUUUGCAGCUAA